GAUGGCGGCGCCCAGUCGGUAGCUCACGCGUCUGGUCGUCUGUACCGGGAGCCGGCGCUAUGUCGGGCCGCCAGGGGAACAAGCUGCCCAGCAACCUGCCUCAGCUGCAGAACCUCAUCAAGCGCGACCCCACGUCCUACACCGAAGAGUUCCUCCAGCAGUACCACCACUAUCAGUCCCAUGUGGAGAUCUUCACCUUCCAGCCCGAUAAGCCCAACAAGGAGCUGGCGGAGCUGGUGAUGUUCCUGGCGCAGGUUGCCCAUUGCUACCCAGAACAAAUGGCCAACUUCCCCCAGCAGCUGAAGGAGCUGCUCUCAUACCACCACACAGUGCUAGAUGCCGACCUUCGAAUGACCUUCUGUAAGGCUUUGAUGUUGUUAAGAAACAAGAACCUGAUCAAUGCAACGAGUUUGCUGGAGCUCUUCUUUCAGCUGCUGAGAUGUCAUGAUAAGCUUCUACGGAAAACUCUGUAUACUCACAUCGUGACAGACAUCAAGAAUGUAAAUGCUAAACACAAGAACAAUAAAAUAAAUACGACACUGCAGAACUUCAUGUAUACUAUGUUGAGAGAUAGCAAUCCAACUGCUGCCAAGAUUUCUCUGGAUGUGAUGAUUGAACUUUACAGAAGGAAUAUUUGGAAUGAUGCCAAAACUGUAAAUGUCAUCACAACUGCCUGCUUUUCCAAAGUGACAAAGGUAUUAGUUGCUGGUUUGAAAUUCUUCCUUGGGAAGGAUGAAGAUGAGAAUCAAGAGAGUGACUCAGAUUCUGAGGAUGAUGGCCCCACAGCAAGAGAUCUGGUGGUACGGUAUGCAACUAGCAAGAAAACCAGCAAGCGCAAGAAGAAACUGGAAAAGGCAAUGAAGGUUCUCAAGAAACACAAGAAGAAAAGCAAGCCAGAGGUAUUCAACUUCUCUGCUAUUCACUUGAUUCAUGAUCCCCAGGAUUUUGCGGAGAAACUACUGAAGCAGCUGGAGAACUGUAAGGAACGAUUUGAAGUGAAGAUGAUGCUCAUGGACCUAAUAUCUAGGCUAGUUGGAAUACAUGAGCUUUUUCUUUUUAAUUUCUACCCCUUCAUUCAGAGAUUCCUGCAGCCCCAUCAGAGAGAAGUGACAAAGAUUCUUCUGUUUGCUGCACAUGCUUCACACCAGCUAGUACCACCUGAGAUUAUUCAAUCAGUUUUGAUGACCAUUGCCAACAACUUUGUCACUGACAAGAAUUCUGGAGAGGUCAUGACUGUAGGAAUCAAUGCAAUAAAAGAAAUCACUGCAAGAUGUCCAUUAGCCAUGACCGAAGAUCUGCUCCAUGACCUUGCUCACUACAAGAGUCAUAAAAAUAAAAAUGUGAUGAUGUCUGCAAGAACUCUGAUACACCUCUUCCGUUCACUGAAUCCAGAGAUGCUGCAGAAGAAAUACCGGGGUAAACCUACUGAGGCCUCGGUGGAAGCCAGGAUUCAUGAAUAUGGAGAACUGGAUGCCAAGGACUACAUCCCAGGGGCAGAAGUACUGGAGGUUGAGAAUCAAGAGGAAAAAGGAGAAAACCAAGAAGAAGAUGGAUGGGAAAGUGCUAGUAUAAGUGAGGAGGAUGACGGUGAGGAUGGAGAGUGGAUUGAUGUGCACCACUCUUCAGAUGAGGAACAGCAAGAAGUGGCAGAGAAGAUCAAAAGCAUGCCCAUGGAGGAACGAAAAGCUAAAGCUGCAGCAGUCAGUACAAGUAGGCUGCUAACUCAGGAAGAUUUCCACAGAAUACGUCUUGCCCAGCUCUCCAGAGAAAUCAAUUCUGCACCAGGCAAAGCUGCAAAGAGGAAAAAUAUUGAAAUAGAUGAUGAAGAGGAGAGCAGAGGAGAGUUGCUUUCACUCAGAGAUAUUGAACAUCUCCAUAAGAAGCCAAAGUCAGACAAGGAGACAAGACUGGCAACUGCAAUGGCUGGAAAAACAGAUAGAAAAGAAUUUGUGAAAAAGAAAAAAAGAUUGAAUCCCUUUGCCAGCUCAACCAAUAAAGAAAAGAAAAAGCAGAAGAACUUCAUGAUGAUGAGAUAUAGCCAUAAUGUCCGGACCAAAAAUAAGCGUUCUUUCAGGGAAAAACAGCUGGCUCUUAGAGAUGCACUUCUGAGGAAGAAGAAGCAGCUGCUGAAAUAAAACAGUAAAGGAAUAGUUAUCCUUGAAGAAACAACUCUAGAAAUACUUUUCUCCUCUCUCAAAGAAGUAGGGGGGGAAAAAAAAAUAACUGAAUUGCCUUGUGGAUUCAUUUUGAUACCUCUCUACUGUUCAGAAUUAGAAAUUGAACGCUGCCAAAUUGGAUAUUGCAUCUAUAGGACACUGAGGAGGCCUUAAUCCCUGUAGGAUUUUAAUUUUUAACCACCUUUUCUAGAGUGCUUUACCUUUUUACUGAAUAUAAUUUAUUUAUGGCUGUUUUGUGUAAGUAUGAAUUAAAGCAUACAAUUUUAUUAUAAAAGUAUUUUGCUUGAUUAAAUAAAUGAAGAGGUAAUUGGAAGGAAAAUGAAUAUUCCAGCUCACCCUUUGAAGUAUGUGUAUGCAAUGUGUAUGCCUGACUUACGGGUGUGAUUUCAUAGACUUAGUAAGCUAUUUCCGAAGUGGUUGUUUUCUUACUCUUUUGUUCAUAAUAAAACCAAGUUAAGGGGAA